UAAAAGAGGCCUUUCUUUCUCUACUGGGAGAAGAAGCUUCUUUCAUCCUCGUCCUCUUGAGCCGCCAUCUCUCCUCCUCCAAACUCUCGAUUUCUUUCUCCAAAGAGCUUUGAUGUAUGGUUUCCUCUGUCUAACGUUUGCAAAAGUGUAGGACAAUGCCGAAGAUUAAGACUAACAGAGUCAAGUACCCAGAAGGUUGGGAGUUGAUCGAGCCGACUCUCCGUGAGCUUGACGCCAAGAUGAGACAAGCUGAGAUGGAUGAACAUGAUGGCAAGAAAAAGUGUGAAGCCUUGUGGCCAAUCUUCAAACUCUCUCAUCAGAGGAGUCGCUAUGUCUAUGACCUUUAUUACCGCAGGGACGAGAUUUCUAAAGAGCUCUACGAGUUCUGCUUGGACCAAGGCUACGCAGACCGCAGCCUCAUUGCCAAAUGGAAAAAGUCGGGAUAUGAGCGAUUAUGCUGUUUGCGCUGCAUUCAGCCAAGAGACCACAACUAUGGAACAACAUGUGUAUGCCGUGUUCCCAAACACUUGCGUGAAGAGAAAGUUGUUGAAUGCGUUCACUGCGGUUGUCAAGGAUGCGCCAGUGGCGAUUAAUCUCUACGUGUGUUUUCUUCACGAUUCCCCACUGUUGCUGUAUUCUAUAUCUUGUCAAAUCUGAUUUGUGUACCCUUAAAAAAACCUUAAGAAACUCCCUUUCAGAACCUCUACUUGUUAACUCUUACGUUGGUGACACUAGAAAGGCGUUCCCGGUUUGGUAUGUAAAUGAAUUGAGAGAAUGAUUUUCGAUUAGAUUUGUGUUUAAGUA